AUGCCCGCGGUCGACCGCACGGCAGAGUUCCGCGAGGUGGUCGAGCUGCGGCGGCGGCGGCAGCAGGGUCCGCGCACGCCCCGUCCGGCCGGCCCGAAGAAGCGGUCCGACUUUGCUGCGGCGGCCUCCGGCAUCGGUGCCGACAUCCACGCGACGGCGGCAAAGCUCGAGAGGCUGACGCAGCUAGCGCAGUCCAACUCGCUGCUGCUUUUCGCCGACCCGACGGAGGAGAUCAACCAGCUGACCCUCAUCGUCAAGCAGGACAUCGCGUCGCUCAACGCCAAGCUGUCGGAGCUGCAGAGGGCGAUGCGCGACGGGCGAGGCAGCGCGUCGCGGCAGCAGGCGUCGCACUCGUCGUCCAUCGUGGAGCAGCUCAAGGCGCGGCUGCUCGACAGCGCCAAGGACUUCCAGGGGCUGCUGCAGACGCGCAAGGAGAGCGUGCAGAUGAUGCAGGACCGGAGGCAGAAGCUCGCCGCGCCGACGCCGCCGCAGUGCCGCUGCGCCGACGGGGCGGGCGCCUCGGCGGAGAGCCACGCGCCGCGCUCCAUCUUCGAGUGCGGCUCGCCGCUCGGCAUGGCGACGCCGCCCUCGUCGAUGGGCGCCGCCAACGGAGCCCACGCCGGCGGCGGCGCCUUUGCGUUUGACGCGUUCGAAUGGGGCAGCAGAUGGGGCAGCAGCAGCAGCAAGUACCUCUCUUCGCGCACGCACGCGGUCGAGUCGGUGCAGUCGACGAUCGUGGAGCUGGGCUCCAUCUUCGAGCAGCUCUCCACCCUCGUCGCCGAGCAGGGCGAGAUGGCGCGCCGCGUCGACGAGAACGUCGACGACGCGCUCGCCUCGACGCAGGCAGGGUACGAGCAGCUGCAGAGGUACUGGCGGAACCUCUCGUCGAGCCGUGGGCUGGCGGUGCGCGUGCUGGCGGUGCUCAUGUUCUUCAUCGUAAUCUUCGGAACCUUCUUCUAG